AUGGUGGUUCCAUGGAGCGACUAUGUGGAGGUGCAUGGAGUCUUAGGUGAGAUGUUGAGAAUGGUGGCUCCAUGGAGCGAUUAUGAGGAGGUGCGUGGGUUCUUGGGCGAGAUGCGGGUAAUGGUGGCUCCAUGGGGCGAUUAUGAGGUUCAUGGAGUCUUGGGUGAGAGACCGCAGCCCUCGCAUGGUGGCCGCCGCCUCGUGCGGAUGGCCGAGAUCCCCACGAUGGACAGCGUCAGCUCGGGGGAUCCUCUAGGCGCGACAAAUGUGGGUCACAACUACCCACAUGGUGUCGCCGUGACCACCUUCACCCCCGCCAUCCCCACCAUCAGCAUCACCCCGCACUCCCCCGUGGUUAACAAGCCCUUCGCCGUACUGGAGGAAAACAUCCGCCAGCUGCAGACGCUGCAGGACAACAUACAGCGCAUGCGCGAUGCCGGACUCACGGUCAAGAACGGCCGGUCCUUGUGUCGCUUGAGCUCGUCCUGUCCUUCCCUCAACGUGGAGGGGGAAGAAGAGUCCAC